CGUUAAACUCAGUCCACGUCGCGUGAGACUUCGUGAGGCUAGUCGCUCCGAAAUCCCACGUGGAUCGACACCUGCUAGGGCCAUGGGGAGGCAGCGACGCGGGGUAUUGGGCUGCACCAACCUGCCAGCGCUCAGCCACAAUUGUGGGGAUCGCACCGACACACAGCAUCUGCCUCGACAGCAGUCGAUCCAUAGAGACACACCACAAGACGCGAAAGCGGUUAGACAAGUUGACAAUGUGGACAGACGCCACCUCAAGCGCGAGAAGUUCAAACUGUCUUCGAUAUCUUCGAGCGCGAGCGAUGGAACGGCCAUCACGGAGGGACAGUGCAGGACCAAACGCAAACUCUCGCCACGAGAAACUCCGUUAGAUGAACACGAACAGGCAAAGCAACAACUCGCGACAUCAAUCGAUUCCCACGAAUCCGCAUCUAAAUCUUACAAGAAUGAGCACUGGUAUUCAAGUCCAGUUGGCUUCGGCUCGAGGAAAUCCGUGCUACUCGCGGCGCUCAAGUUGCGUGACCCCGGAGGAUCCGGAUUCAUCACGUGCAAGCAGCUUGUCGAUGGAUUGCAAGCACCAAACUUUGGACUGAGCGAACGUCAAGCUCGCGCGUUGCUUGUUGAGUUCAAUGAUCAACUCCAGAAAGAUGAUGCAAAAGUGCCUUAUCGAAGCUUCGUAAAGCACCUUCAACUCCCUGAUGACCGGUCCAGCCAACCAGGACAAGACCCAACGAUUUUCUACCAGGAAAGUUACAUUAACCGCGUCCGAGCACACGCUGCGCAGCUGAUUGAAAAGGUUGCAACAAAAGAAGGGGGACUAACAAGGAGUAACACUUCGGGAGUUCUUGUCAACAAAGAUACAGCAGUCACUCAAAACAACGACGUAGAUCGGUUGUCCUUCGAGUUCGAUAAGGUCCGCAAACAACGACGAGCAGAAGCCAAAUCGAGGAUUCUGUUAGCACAUAUCGACCGUAUAGAGGCAUUUUCACAGCAGCAACAGAAGCUCAUUGAGGAGCACGAAUCCAUGCGACUAGCGGCAAAGGCGCUUCAUCGUCAUGCCCACUUUGAGCAAGCGUUUGAAGAGGAGAAUCGUCGACUACGUAUUGCCCAGCGUCAACCAAAAGGGUUGCUCGGGUCUCCAGUUGCCAAAAUGCAGCGCAAUGUCAGCACAGAUUCAAUAUUUUACGUCGAUCCUGUUUAAAAAAUGGCGCGCACAAUAGAAAUAUACUACAACAAAUCAAGACAAUAUCAAUUAAAAGGAGAGUCAGAUUUACUAACGUAAAUUCCAGAAUAAUAUCCCGGGCACUAUUUAAUUGUACCCUCAAG